GCGGCGGCAGCACCUGGGCCGCGGCUGGCGUCCGCGGGGGCACGCUGCCCGCCCCCCUCGGCGAUGACCACGGCCGGCGCCCCGGGCGCCCUACCUGCGGGGACUCCAGUGAGCAGCCUCCAUGAGGCCCUGGACCAGUGCAUGACCGCCCUUGACCUCUUCCUCACCAACCAGUUCUCAGAAGCACUCAACUACCUCAAGCCCAGAACCAAGGAAAGCAUGUACCACUCGCUGACUUAUGCCACCAUCCUGGAGAUGCAGGCUAUGAUGACCUUUGACCCCCAGGACAUCCUACUUGCUGGCAACAUGAUGAAGGAGGCGCAGUCGCUCUGUCAGAGGCACCGGAAGAAGUCCUCCGUAACAGAUUCCUUCAGCAGCCUGGUGCACCGCCCCACUAUGGACCAGUUCACAGAAGAGGAAAUCCACGCUGAGGUCUGCUAUGCAGAAUGCCUGCUGCAGAGAGCGGCCCUGACCUUCCUACAGGAUGAGAAUAUGGUGAGCUUCAUCAAGGGCGGCAUCAAAGUUCGAAACAGCUACCAGACCUACAAGGAGCUGGACAGCCUCGUGCAGUCCUCACAGUACUGCAAGGGGGAGAACCACAGGCACUUUGAAGGAGGGGUGAAGCUCGGCGUGGGAGCCUUCAACCUGACGCUGUCCAUGCUUCCUACCAGGAUCCUGCGGCUGCUCGAGUUCGUAGGGUUUUCAGGAAACAAGGACUACGGGCUGCUGCAGCUGCAGGAGGGGGCGUCGGGGCACAGCCUCCGCGCCGCGCUCUGCGUCAUGUUGCUGCUCUGCUACCACACGUUCCUCACCUUCGUGCUCGGCACCGGCAACGUCAACAUCGAGGAGGCAGAGAAGCUCUUGAGACCCUACCUGAAGCGAUACCCUAAGGGCGCCAUCUUCCUGUUCUUUGCGGGGCGGAUUGAAGUCAUUAAAGGCAAUGUUGAUGCGGCCAUCCGGCGGUUCGAGGAGUGCUGUGAGGCCCAGCAGCACUGGAAGCAGUUCCACCACAUGUGCUACUGGGAGCUGAUGUGGUGCUUCACCUACAAGGGCCAGUGGAAGAUGGCUUACUUCUACGCAGACCUGCUCAGCAAGGAGAACUCCUGGUCCAAGGCCACCUACAUCUACAUGAAGGCCGCCUACCUCAGCAUGUUUGGGAAGGAGGACUACAAACCGUUCGGAGAUGACGAAGUGGAGUUGUUUAGAGCUGUGCCAGGCCUGAAACUCAAGAUUGCUGGGAAAUCUCUACCCACAGAGAAGUUUGCCAUCCGGAAGUCCAGACGCUACCUCUCCCCUAAACCUAUCUCAUUGCCCAUCCCUGCUCUGGAAAUGAUGUACAUUUGGAAUGGCUAUGCUGUGAUUGGGAAGCAGCCGGAACUCACAGACGGGAUCCUUGAGAUUAUCAUCAAGGCUGAAGAGAUGCUGGAAAAGGGCCCAGAGAAUGAGUACUCAGCGGAUGAUGAGUGCUUGGUGAAGCUGCUGAAAGGCCUGUGUCUGAAAUAUCUGGGCCGUGUCCAGGAGGCUGAGGAGAAUUUCAGGAGCAUCUCUGCCAAUGAAAAGAGGAUUAAAUACGACCACUACUUGAUCCCAAAUGCCCUGCUGGAGCUGGCCCUGCUGUUUAUGGAGCAAGGCAGAAAUGAAGAGGCUGUCAAACUCUUGGAAACUGCCAAGCAAAACUAUAAGAAUUAUUCCAUGGAGUCAAGGACACAUUUUCGAAUCCAGGCAGCCACACUCCAAGCCAAGUCUUCCCUAGAAAAAGGCAACAGAUCUAUGGUCUCGUCAGUGUCCUUGUAGUUUCGUGCAGCAGUCCCAGGCUGGAAGGCAGAAUCAGCUGGACAGAGCUCCUGGAAACCUUUCAGAAAGAACCCCGCCCCCUGCCCUGCCUUUGGGGUCCACCGGUGCUCCAGUGGGACAGCACGACCUAGGUGUCUGUGCGGAAGUGAAGCCAGCAUGCUCACCAGUGCGGCCAAGGGCUUCUGUCAAGGCCAGAGCAGGUGGAGCUCCCUGCCUGCCCUGUCACACAUACGGGUACUUGUUUUUCACUGUGAUGUUAAGAGAAUGUAUGAACAGUUUACAUUUUCCUUAGAAAUACACUGAUGGAAUCAAAGUUGGCUUUGGGGGAAAAAAAACCACCAACCAACCACCUGUAUGUAAAUCAUUGUUAGACUUCAGCGAGGUCUCAGCUUCCAGGGCUGGAAGGACCCAAAAGAGGAUCUGGAUCUCAGGCUUCAAGAUUUCUGAGGGCUAAACACAGAGGUUUCACACAAUCCCACUACCUUACUUCUUACAGCCCCUUUGUAAUUCUGCAAUUGAAAAAAAAAAACAUGUCUUCUUAGUGAGAUAAUCUUGAGUCCAUUUGUAGGAAAAAAACAUCAAUUCCUACUACCACAGAAUGGUGAUAUCGAGGCCUGAAGGAAGGGGAGCCCUUUCUGUGCCAAAGCCAAGAAAUUUGGCAGGUAAAGUUUCUCAGACACUGGUCUGCUAUACGCCAAACUGACACCACUGGGAAUGAUUUAUGAAAGAUAAAAAAUCUUCUAUACUUCAGUACAUUUAUUUACUGAUAGCAUUUUUCUUAGGAACAGAAUGGUUAUUCUUAGCCUGUUUAUGUAUGUUUUAGAUUUUUCAGUUAAGAGAAAAGCUAUAUUUCAGUAAUAAAACUUACACACUUCAGAGAUCA